AUGACAAUUCUUAAGAAGACUGCUCACAAGCGAUACAAGGUCACUAAUCGACUUACAGAUUACGAGGAAUUUAGGCAUGUCCGCGCUCUCUGCAAGGACCUCAGCUCUGAAUGUUAUAGGGGUUAUAUUGCACAUAUAAAUGGUUCAAUUCCCAGGAACAUUAAGUCCUUUUGGAGCUUUGUCAAUGGAACUUUGGGAAGUCAUCGGACAUCAUCUGACUCAUAUACCCUUGGAGAUCAUAUGGCUUCAACUCCACUUACAGUUUGUGAUCUUUUUGCCGACCAUUUUUCUUCCGUAUACUCUGCUUCAAAUGUGACUGUGCCACCAUAUAGUUUUGAUCUACAUACAAAUUUAUCUUCUUGUGUGUUUGAAGUUGAUGAAGUUAAACGAAAGCUUGAUUUACUGGAUCCCUACAAGGGUACUGGCCCUGAUGAUAUACCUCCUCUAAUUCUCAAGAGAUGCAGUGAUAUUCUUGCUCCCCAGCUAACCGUUAUCUUUAAUAAGUUUCUACUCGAAGGUGCUUUUCCGGAUAGACUCAAGUCCAACUUUGUGGUUCCUAUACACAAGUCCUCAAAUAUCGAAGAUGUCCGAAACUAUCGCCCAGUUGUCAUACAGCCUGCACUUGGGAAGCUGUUUGAAUCACUUGUACUGGAUCGCAUUGGAUUUUCCUUUCGCCACAUUCUUACAUCUGCGCAGCAUGGUUUUGCAGCCGGAAAGACCAACUACUACUAA